GCCUGGUCCUGGGAAAGGCCAGGGGCAGGUGGUGCGCGGUGAACCCCGAGUCGGGGUCCGAGAGGAGAUAACUGCGGGGUGGGAUGGUGGCCCGGGUUAUACCACAUAGCUACACAAUUCGAAUCGAAGUUUCUAGAGAUUGCUGAUGUCUUGUAAAUUUGGGGAGCGAUUCUAAACUGGGCUGUGCGCCCACUGUAUGGGUAAUGACUUUCUUCACAGCUCCGAGGUUACACAGACUUACUUAAAGGAAGUGACCUUUGACUUGAGCAUCACUUGGCUGAUGGUAUCUUUUGCAGAAAGAAGUGCCCUGAUUACAUGACUACUGUGCCCACACGGGGUCUGAGUCACCCCGUGAACUCACCAGUCUUCUGUAUUCAGCAGAGGGAGGUCAUGAACUUGCCCAAGAGAGAUGGCCCUUUGAGAAACACUGGAGAUUGCUAGCUGGGCUCUAGCAAAGUAACAGCCUGGUUGUGGCCAGUGGAUAAUUUUCGAUUCCGACUGUUCCCAUCCCUCACCUGUGAUGCAAAGCAAGGGGACACAAUACCAGUGGGCCAGCCAACUUUGUAAAUACCAGUGAGAGAAGAGACGGCUGAUUUUUAGCAAAAGUUGAAGAAAAAGCAAAGCUUCAAACCUACUACUCUGCCAGAAGUUUUACAGAUGGAGUGGCAAGCCACCGUGUCACCCAAUUUGGAUCCUGGCUUCCCUCAAAAGACUCUUAUGGCUAUUGCUUGAUUACCUUCUGGAGUAGCCAACUACAUAUAGAUAUAUAGAUAAAAGACUAUUGGUUUUGGCCUGAUUUUUUGCAGCCACCUUUAUAUAUAUGGAUUUUCCUUACCAAGGAUGAUGACUUUAAGUAUAUCCCUGGAGCAUUUGGAUAAUGUGAUAGUUGGGAUGCAGUGAUGUCGAAUCUCUGUCCACCACCAUCUCCAGCUGUUGCCAAGACAGAGAUUGCUCUAAGUGGUGAAUCACCUCUAUUAGCAGCUACCUUUGCUUACUGGGACAAUAUUCUUGGUCCUAGAGUAAGACACAUUUGGGCUCCUAAGACAGAACAGCUACUUCUCAGCGAUGGAGAAAUAACUUUUCUUGCCAACCACACCUUAAAUGGAGAAAUCCUUCGAAACGCAGAGAGUGGGGCUAUAGAUGUGAAGUUUUUUGUCCUUUCUGAAAAAGGAGUCAUUAUUGUUUCAUUGAUCUUUGAUGGAAACUGGAAUGGAGAUAGGAGCACAUAUGGUCUAUCAAUUAUACUUCCACAGACCGAACUUAGCUUCUACCUCCCGCUUCACAGAGUGUGUGUUGAUAGACUAACACAUAUUAUCAGAAAAGGAAGGAUAUGGAUGCACAAGGAAAGGCAAGAAAAUGUCCAGAAAAUAGUCUUAGAAGGCACAGAAAGAAUGGAAGAUCAGGGUCAGAGUAUUAUUCCAAUGCUUACUGGUGAAGUAAUUCCUGUAAUGGAGCUGCUUUCAUCCAUGAAAUCACACAGUGUUCCUGAAGAAAUAGAUAUAGCUGAUACAGUUCUCAAUGAUGAUGACAUUGGUGACAGUUGUCAUGAAGGCUUCCUUCUCAAUGCCAUUAGCUCACACCUGCAGACCUGUGGCUGUUCAGUCGUAGUAGGUAGCAGUGCAGAAAAAGUAAAUAAGAUAGUGAGAACAUUAUGCCUUUUUCUGACUCCAGCAGAGAGAAAAUGUUCCAGAUUAUGUGAAGCAGAAUCAUCAUUUAAAUACGAGUCAGGGCUCUUUGUACAAGGCCUGCUAAAGGAUUCAACCGGAAGCUUUGUGCUCCCGUUCCGGCAAGUCAUGUACGCUCCCUAUCCCACCACACACAUAGAUGUGGAUGUCAACACUGUCAAGCAGAUGCCACCAUGUCACGAGCAUAUUUACAAUCAGCGGAGAUACAUGAGAUCUGAGCUGACAGCAUUCUGGAGAGCCACUUCAGAAGAAGACAUGGCUCAGGAUACAAUCAUCUAUACAGACGAAAGCUUCACUCCUGAUUUGAAUAUUUUUCAAGAUGUCUUACACAGAGACACUCUAGUAAAAGCCUUCCUGGAUCAGGUCUUUCAUUUGAAGCCUGGUUUAUCUCUCAGGAGUACUUUCCUGGCACAGUUUCUACUCGUCCUUCACAGAAAAGCCUUGACGCUAAUAAAGUAUAUAGAAGAUGAUACGCAGAAGGGGAAAAAGCCCUUUAAGUCUCUUCGGAACCUGAAGAUAGACCUUGAUUUAACAGCAGAGGGCGACCUUAACAUAAUAAUGGCUCUAGCUGAGAAAAUUAAACCAGGCCUCCACUCAUUUAUCUUUGGAAGACCUUUCUAUACUAGUGUACAAGAACGAGAUGUUCUAAUGACUUUUUAAAUGUGUAACUUAUUAAAUAUAUUUUGUCACCAUGAUGAUUGCUGCUGAAGUAGCUCAGUGGUGUGGGAAACAUCAUUCCCUUGGGUCAUGUCCCAGACUCCUACUUGGCAAUGCAGUUAAAGUUAGUUACACUACACUUGUCACAAGUCUGUCAAGGGAUGUCCGGUGCAUUGUUACAAUGGAUGCAUCUUUUCCUAGGUGUGCUGUCUUGAGAUACAGACUUAUGUUUACAGUUAGAGUAAAUGUUCCUGCUAUCUUUUAAAGAUACAAUAAUAAGAUAUGAACUUGACCACAACUACUGUUUUUGAAAUUUACAAUUCAUGGUUUACAUGUAUCAAAGUGAAAUCUGAGUUACUUUUCACAGAUAUAAUACUAGUUGACUUUUCAUCUCUUGGUAUUCCUUGGUAUGUAAGAUUACUGUAAUACUUUUAUAAUCAGCUGAAAAUUAGAGCAUCUGAAUCAUUUCAGUUCCACAAAAGGAACUUAGUUGGAACAUAGGUUAAGUAUUAGAAAGAAUGUAUUGAUCAAGCAGAUGUUUAAUUCAAAUUAAUUAUUAGAUCCUCCUUUGUAGACUGGGUAGUCCUUAGGGUUCAGUCUGUGUAGAAAUAUCACGCAGUAUGUAUAGUCCGGAUUAUGGCAAACCAGUCAGGGUAUUUGUGUGUGUGUGUGUGUGUGUGUGUGUGUGUGUGUGUGUGUGUGUUGAGCUCUGUCAAAGACAAUAGAGGAAAUUGGAUUUUAUGUUUUAGUAGUUAUUGCAAACUAUUUAAAUUAAUUUUUAUUAUUUUUGAGCCAAAUUGAAAUGUGUACCUCCUGUGCCUUUUUUUUUCUUGGAAAAUAUAAUUACUUGGAAGAAGUUCAGAUUACACUAGUCAGUCAUUUUUAUCUUGUUUUCCUCCUGCGUAGUCUUACCCUCAUUUGGCAGUUGUAACUCCAAGAUUAUGAAAUGCAAUGGAGAAUAUACUAACUAGUAAGAUCCUUUUACAGGAACAGAGAACAGUAUCUUGUCCUUUUCCUUCUCAAAUUUCUGCCCUUACUUUUGAGGUUAUUGCCAGGUCUAUUUGCCUCUGCAUCAUGUGAGGAAAACAGGAGAAACUUUAUUGAUGUGCUAUUUUACUAGGUGCUACUUUGGCGGAACUAAGUGGUCAAUUUCUUUUGUUUCCUUAAUGUCUUUGGACCAUUGUGCUAGCUGUAAACUGAUUAAUAUAAUUCUUUGCUAGAACCGUUUUGACAUAAUAGUAUAUAGAAGCAUAAAAAUUAUUUUUAUUUAAAACUGUGGAAGUUACACAAAAGGGAAAAGUAUUUAUAAGAAAGGGAUAAAAGUGACAGAGCCCCUCUGCCAUUGCUCACCAAAUGGAACCAAAACUAACAUGUUAUGUUCUGAAAGGUCCUAAUUACCUUUCACAUCACUAAUAAGAAGAGUGUAGACAUCUUGAUUUUUAGACACAAACCGAAUGAGAUGACUGGUGCUCUGUGGUGCACUCAUGAAAGAAUUUACAGAUACCACCUUAUUGUACCCCUUACUCAGUGCUUCUUAUGUGAUUGAUUAUUAAAGAGUGCUGACCGAUUAUUUUCUUUUGCUGGUUUAUUGUACUGUUACAUGGAAUGCAAGUUGUACAGUGAACUAAGUUAUUAAAGCAUGUGUAAACAUUGUUAUAUAUCUUUUCUCCUAGGUGGAGAAUUUUGAAUAAACUGUCUUUGAAA